AUGACUGUCAUGAUUGGACAAAUGAAGAUAAGGAUGUACGCAUUUCUCAUCGUAUGCAGCUGCCUUUGUCUCACUUUUACUGGAGCCUCAGAAACAGAGCGAAGGCUCCAUCAGAAGCUGUUUGAGAACUACAACAUGAAAGUCAGACCAGCUCGUUACUGGGAGGAGAAGGUGAUGGUUAGAGUGGGCAUGACCCUCUCCCAGCUUGUGAGCUUGAAUGAGAAGAACGAAGAGAUGACAACCAAUGUGUUCAUGAAUCUGGCAUGGACAGACUACAGGUUGUCAUGGAACCCAGAGGAAUAUGACCACAUUGAUGUUUUGAGGAUUCCUCCCAACAAGGUGUGGCGCCCUGACAUCUACCUCAUAAACAAUAAUGACGGUCAGUUUGACGUGGCACUGUACGUCAACGUCUUGGUUUACAGUGAUGGGACAGUCAACUGGCUUCCCCCAGCCAUCUACCGCAGCUCCUGCUCCAUAGAGGUGUCGUACUUCCCAUUUGACUGGCAGAACUGCAGCAUGGUUUUCCGCUCGUACACCUAUGACGCCUCUGAGGUGGACCUGCAGUACUUUCUGGAUGAUGAGGGCAAAGAGAUUCAAGAGAUUGUUAUAGAUGAGAAUGCUUUUACUGAAAACGGAGAAUGGGCCAUCUGUCACAAACCCUCAAGAAAGAACAUUAAGGAGGACCUGUAUGAGGACAUCACCUUCUACCUCAUCAUAGAAAGGAAGCCACUUUUCUACAUCAUCAACAUCAUUGUGCCCUGCAUCCUCACCAGCGUGCUAGCUAUAUUUGUCUUCUACCUGCCUCCUGGAGCAGGAGAGAAGAUGACUCUCUCCAUUUCUGUCCUCAUCGCUCUGACUGUCUUCAUGCUUUUGCUGGCUGACAAGGUCCCGGAGACGUCCCUCGGCAUCCCAAUUAUUGUCAACUACGUCAUGUUCACCAUGAUCCUGGUUACAUUCUCUGUCAUCCUAAGUGUAGUCGUCCUCAAUCUGCACCACCGAACGCCAAGCACACACAUCAUGCCCAACUGGGUUCGAAAGGCAUUCAUUCACUUCUUGCCCAAGUACAUUGGCAUGACGAGGCCAAACCCAGAGGAGCCUCUGUUGAAGGAGGAGUCGAGUGAUGACACCCCCACCCGAAGCUUCAACAGUAGGCAGCCAGGAGGAGAGUACUUCUUUCGUAAGAUCAACCCUGAUCUCGUCAUACCCUGGAGAGGCAGGUGUGAGAGCACGGUGCAGCUCCAGCGGCUCCCGGACACUGACAAAUACUGUCUGAUUCUCCCUCCCAACUUGAAGUCAGCCAUCAGUGCUGUGACAUACAUGGCCGAGCAGCUGAAGAAGCAAGACAUGGACGACACGAUGACAGGAGACUGGCAGUUCAUUGCCCUGGUGGUUGACCGUCUCUUCUUGUGGUUGUUUGUCAUCAUCACCACCCUGGGCACCCUGGCCAUGUUCUUGGAUGCCAGUUUCAACUACAUACCUGACAACCCUUUCCCAUAGAAGACAAAACACAUACACACGCAGCUGGAGUUUGCGACAUUGUUUGGUCGUCACUAUUAUUGGUGAUUUCUGAGGUCAGCAGUUCUGACUUUCCAUAAAUACCUUAAAACCUAUUCCAUAUUUCAGUUGUCGGCCUCUGAAAUGUUUUGUAAGGUCGUGUAGCAGAAGAAAAUGUGUGGAACCAUGUGCACAGGCCUGACACACAACCUACAUGAUAACAGAGUCCAUGUAUAGAUCUAUAGAAGGUAAAUGUAUACAGUAUGUUGUAACACCAAAUGCUUUUAUCAUUGUUUGUUUGUUUUUUGUCUAAAUCAUGUAUUUAACACAUUGUGAUCUUUGUUAUUUGAGUCUAAAUGCUUGAAAUACAUGUUUCUUGAAAGUGA